AUGAAUAAUAAAAAUCUAGAAGAAAUAUCUCAUGACCCUCUACUUGCUCCUGGCAAACGUAAAGGUGCCAAAAAGACGAGGACUGUUAAAGACCUUUUUGAUGAUGUUGGACCGGAAUCAGCAUUCAAAGAUAAACGCGGACGUCCUUGGUUCAAAAAUCCACGAGCAUACGUGAAACAGAAAUUAGCAUCUAAAACUCAGAAGGAUAGUGCAAAAAAACAAUCGGACUCCAGUAGCAAUGAAAGUUCUGAACUCGAAGCCUCAGAAACUGAAUCAAGCACUUCGACCAGUGACGAAGAAAAAAUUAAUGUCUUCGAAGAUAUUCAAGACCUACAAGGUGCAGAUUGGUACGAAUUAACUAAAGAUUCAGUUCCUGCUACCCAGACAAGUCAUAGAUUGGCACUGCUUCAUUUUGAUUGGGAUAACGCGAAACCAGAAACAAUUUAUAUGGUCUUAGAAUCGUUUUUACCAGCCAGAGGGCAUAUUGAAAAAGUUACAAUCUAUCCAUCCGAGUUUGGCAUUAAACGUAUGGCUGAUGAAGCUAUUCAUGGACCGCUUGAACUGCGUCCAAGUGAAUCAGAUACAGAAUGCAAUGAAAACAACAAUCUGACUGUAGAGAAUUCAACUAUGGCCAUAGAUGUUGAUGAAAAGUCUGGCUGGCGUAAUGCAUCAUCUAAACUCCGACGUCGUAUUCGUGAAUAUCAGUUAGCACGAUUGAAAUAUUUCUAUGCUAUUAUUGAAUUUGAUAGUGUUGAAACAGCGGAAGCAAUUUAUACGGCUUGUGAUGGCCUUGAAUACGAAAGUUCCGGUUCCCGGUUAGAUUUGCGUUUUGUUGAUAAUGAUCAACGAUUUGAAGUUCCUCCAGAAUAUGCUCAUCUUGUAAGUGAAUGUCGGGAAAUCAAUAAAACAAAAUACGCCCCAAUCCGCUUUGAAACAAGUGCUUUACACUCAACACGAAUCGGUAUAACUUGGGAUAAAACACCAGCUGAUCGAACAAAUUGGCUACGUGAUCAAUUCCGUUCAGAUAUUGAUCCUAAAACUACUUUAACAGAGAAUAGAGAUGAACUUUCCAAAUAUCUUGCUCUUUCUUCAAGUGGGGCUAGUACAACGGCUAGCUCAGAUCCUGAAUCAGAACCACCUGCCCCCACUGUUCCUCGAAUUCAUCGUCAUAGGCCUAAAAAACUUCCACCAGCUGAAGUCCGUCUAGCACUUUUAGGAUUGUCAUCUACUGAUAAAGUUGAUAUGGACGGGGAAUCAUUCAAUCAAGACGAAGCGGAAGAGGAAGAGGAAGAAAUCCUUGAUCUAGCCUCUCAUACUCUUAAUGAUGCUUCUGAAACUGAAGAAUAUGAUCUACGACCUGUUGAGAAAAAAAAGGACUCACAAGCAGUAACUUCUAUAUCACGUGGCAAAGUUCGUCGUAAGGUAUUACCAGAGGCGAGGGAUUCCGAUGAUAAUGAUGAAGAAGAAAUAGAAAUGGAAGAAAAUAACAACCCUCUUGAAUCCGAAGAUAAUUACAGUGAUAAUAAUGAUAAAAAAGCUGUUAAAUCUCCUCAGAAGAAUGACAGUAAAAGAAAGAAAAAGAUUAAACAGCGUACAAAAAUCUUAGAGAAAAAACGAAAAGUUCAAGCAAGAUUAGAACGUGAAUCAAAACUGUGGUUUGGAGAGAAUAAUAACUCGGAUGAAUUAUGUGAUGAUGAUCGGUUUGAUGAAUUUUUAAAAAAUUCUUCAUUUAAUAUAAGUCAAACACAUCCAGAUUAUAAAGAAGCAAGUGAUUUUUUACGUUAUAUGAAAAUCCGUCAAUCGAAAAUUAUGUGA